AGCGACAGCUAGUAAAGUAUAAAGUUUGUUAGUUCUCAUAUUGUUUCAAAUUUAUUUGACUUUUUUACCAUCAUCAUCAUCCUUAUUCUACUCCCGUAGGGUCGGCACAACAGGUUUUUGUCCUCCAAAUAACUCAUACGUCAUCUCAGUCAUCACUUGACUUUUUACCAUUGUUUAGUAUCAAAUUCUACGAUUUGUAUAAUGUUUCAUUAAUUAAUGACAUUGGGACAUUUUCAGUGAACUUAAGUAUACUAACAAUUGGUAUGAGUUUAACAUGGCCGUCACCGGUGUUAGUAAAAUUGAGAAACCCGAAUCAAAGUCCUGUUCAUACUUCACUAGACGACAGUCAAAUAUCUUGGAUUGUCUCAGUAUCGUUCCUCGCGUCAGUAUUUACGACUGUUCUUAUGGGUGUCAUUGUUAACCGAUUCGGGAAGAAGCAGUGGAUUGUAUUCGCCUAUUUGCCGAGAAUUUUAUCUGGUUUCAUAUACAUCUUCGCUACAAGUUAUUGGUGGUUUAUAACAGGACGGAUUUUAAAUGGAAUAUCUGAUGUAUUAUUUUUAAACAGCGUUGCGCCUUAUUCAGCUGAAAUUGCCAGUAAAGAAAUAAGAGGAUCUCUGGGCACGAUAUCUCAAAUUCUAUCUUCUUUGGGAAUGCUGAUCUCGCUAAGUUUGGGUCCUUAUGUGUCGUAUUUUGUGUUCAAUCUUACAUUUACAACCAUCGUGGUGCUAACAUUUAUGCCGAUAUUACUGCUACCUGAAAGCCCACAUUACUUGUAUUCAAAAGGUCGAAACACUGAAGCAUUUAAUGUGUUAAAAUAUUUUCGUGACUCGGAAACUUUGGCGCUAAUGGAAAUGAAUGAAUAUGGAAAAGGAAACAUAGAAACGAAUACAGGGGUGUUGUUACAAAAUAAAUUAUUUAUUAAAGGGACUAUUUUGGGUAUUAUCUUAGGGUUGGGAACACAAUUAAUGGGUUAUAAUACAGUGUCAUAUUAUUUACAAACAGUAUUGGAAUCAACAAAGACAAGUGUGCAACCAGCUUUAGCGUCAGUCAUAGUUGGAGUUCUGCAAUUGUUAGGGAGUCUGUGUUCCACUUUAGUUAUCGAUAUAUUUGGAAGAAAACCUAUUUUAGUGUUUACUUCAAUUGGAAUGGCAAUAGGAAUGAUGGGUCUGGGCGUAUACUUUAAAGUCAUGGAAACAAAUGCCAAUUCUAUAUUUGGAAUAUUAAAUUAUUUACCCCUGGUGUCAUUGGGAAUUGUAGUUUUAUGUUUUAAUUCAGGUAUAGGUUCCGUUUAUUUACUACUGUUCUCCGAGCUUCUAGAUACAUCUAUGAGAAUGAUAGGAAUUUGUAUAUGUAUGUUUUUCUCGACAUUAUCAAUGUUCCUGUUGGCCAGAUAUUUCGAAGGGUUGAUAUCAGUUGUUGGUUCCGCAACGACAUUUUGGCUUUACAGCGCGAAUUGUUUGUUCUUUUCCGUGUUUAUUUUACUCUGCAUACCAGAGACUAAAAACAAGACGUUCAGUGAAAUACAAGAAGCUUUAAAAAGCGGUAUGUUUGUUAGAGAAUGA